AUGGAUAAAAUUGUAGAAGUUAUUGAAGGAUUAAGCAGCUCUGAGAGUCAUAUAAGAAAUGAAUGUGAAAAUACGUUAAACUAUUAUAAAAAGAAUGAUUUAAAUAAUACAGUAUUAUCAAUAUUGAAAUUAUUAAAAAGCCAUAAAGAUAGUCAAGUUCGAUUACAAUGUGCUAUAUUAAUUAGGAAUAUAUUUCGUGUGUAUAUAAAAUCCACACAUGUGGAUGGAGAAGAAAAAGAAAAAAAUGAGAAUUCAGUUGGAAAUGCAGAAGAAGAGAAUUAUUGGGUAUUAUUACCAGAUAAUUUAAAAAACAUUGUAAAAUCUGAAUUGAUUAGUAAUAUAGGAACUGAAACAGAUAAGAUGGUUAGAAGUAAUAUAUGUAAUAAUAUUAUAGAUUUAUCAUCAAAAUUAUUAUUACAUAAUCAAUGGCCAGAGUUAUUAUCAGUAACAUUUGAAUUUUGUAAUUCUAAUAACGUUGAUGUAUUAAUAAGUGGAUAUAAAAUUCUAGGUGGUAUCUUGAGUUGUAUUCCAGAUGAAUUAGAUGGAAAACAAGAAAUAAUAUCUUCUAUAUGUAUGAAAGGUUUAAAUUCAUCAAAUGUACAAGUACGUGGAGAAUGUAUUAAUUUAAUAUCAUGUAUUGUUGAAGAUAAUAGUUCUUCGUUAGUUAAAAGUGUAAAUGGUUGUAUUCCAUUAAUAUUACAAUCAUUAAGUUUAAUGGCAAAGAAUAGUAGUUCAGAUAUUGCAGUUUUAGAAGAAUGUGAGAAAGUACUUCAAUCUAUUGGUAAAAUGAUUGAUUAUAAUGCCAAAUUUUUUACUAAGCAUAUAACUAGUUUGUGUGAUAUAUUAUUUAGUAUAUGUAUGAAAGAUGAAAAUGAAUUGAAUUAUGAUUUUGAUAAUAGUUUAAAGUCACUAAGUAUUGAAGCUUUAGUUACCAUUCCAGAGCGUCGACCAAAGAUGGCUUUAUCUGUACCCCAUUUUGUAGAUAAGAUUAUACAUUUAUCUAUGUUAUUUAUGCUUGACAUAAAUAAUGAUUGUUUUAAUGAAUGGAUGAAUUCUAUAAAAGAAGGUAAAGAUGAUAGUCAAGAAUUAUAUGAUAUAGGUGAAGAAUCCUUAGAUCGUGUUGGUAAAGCAUUUAGUGAAUUAGAAGAAGCUGAAUUUAUUCAUAUUCUUUUUAAUAAAGUAUCUGAAUUUUUAAUGAAAAAUACAUGGGAACAUAAAUAUGUUGGUAUUAUGGCUAUAGCACAAACUAUUGAAUAUUUACCAGAAGAUGAAAUUGAAGAACAAUUAGAACAUGUUAUAAAAAUGUUGUUACAAAUAUUAGUUGAUCAAGAUGUUAGAGUACGUUAUGCAGCUUGUCAAGCUAUUGGUCAAAUCUCUUUAGAUCAUCAACCAUAUGUACAGAAAGAAUUUUUCUCAGAAAUUUUAUCUGCAUUAAUUAAUACUAUGAAUGAUGUACAUUUAAGAGUUCAAUCACAUGCAACAGCAGCAUUUGUAAAUUAUGCUGAAGAAUUAGAUAAAAUGGCUUUAUUACCAUAUGCUGAUAUUAUUAUAGAUAUUUUAUUACAAAAAUUGAAUUCUUCAAAUUAUUUAUUAGUACGAGAACAAGCUGUUACUGCUAUAGCAGUUAUUGCCGGUGUUAUUGAAGAAGACUUUUUAAAAUAUUAUUCUACCGUCGUACCUAUGAUGAAAGAUAUUAUUCAAAAGGCUGUUUCAGAAGAAGAAAGAACAUGUAGAGGUAAAGCUAUUGAAUGUAUAUCAAUUAUUGGUUUAUCAGUUGGUAAAGAAAUUUUUAUUGAAGAUGCUAAAGAAUGUAUGAAUGCUUUAUUACAAAUUAGUAGUACAAAAAUGGAUCCUGAUGAUACUGUUAAAGAAUAUAUUCAAGAAGCUAUUGGUCGUAUAUGUAGAGCAUUAGGUAAUGACUUCUAUCCAUAUCUAAGUAGUAUAGUACCAACCAUAUUAUCUGUCCUUUCAGUUUUGCCUAAACCAUUAACAGAUGAUGAAGAAGAUUUAACUAUAACUAUGGUAUCUAAUGGACAAUAUGUAGGAUUGAAAACAUCUUUAUUAGAAGAUCAAGAAAAAGCUUUAGAUUUAUUAAUUAUUAUUAUUGAAGUAUUAAAAGAAAAUUAUAAGGAUUACAUUCAAGCAACAGCUACAGCUGUAUUGCCAAUGUUAAAUUAUGAAUUGUCAGAUGAAAUAAAACAAAAGGCAUUAACAGCUGUUAGUGAAUUAAUUGAAUCUGCAAGAAUAUUAUCUGAAAAGACCGAUAAUGAUAAAUCCAUGUUAUUAGCCAUAUUAACAGCAGCAGCAGAGAAAGUAUUAAAAAGUUUAUUAGAAACAAAAUUAGAUGAUAAUUAUGAAUAUAUAUUAGAUGUGAUGAUAAUUGAAUCUCAUGGAUUAUAUAUGUGUUUACAAAAAGCGGGUUCUAGUGUAUUGCCAGAAAAUACUUUAAAAUUAUUUUUUAAUCAAAUCUUUGCCUUAUUACAAUAUUCAACAGAUAGAAGGGUAGUAUAUAAUCAGAAAAAGAAUAAUGAUGACGUAGAUGAGGAUGAAUUAUUAAUAAUAGAUAGAGAAGAGGAAUUAGAACAGAAUUAUCGAACUAAUUUAUUAGAUAUAUUAGGAGUAUUAAUUAAAUAUCAUCCAACACAAUUCUUAAAUACAUGUUGUGAAUUAUGUAUUGGAUUUAUUAAUAAUUAUAUGAAUUCUCCAAAUUCAGAAGAUGUAGCAUUAGCAUUAUAUGUAUGUGAUGAUUUAUUAGAAUUUUUACAAGAAAAGAGUAUAAAUUUAUGGGACUUUUUCAUGAACCCAUUAUUAUUAAAUAUUAAUCAUGCAGAUGACAAAGUAAAACAAGCAGCAUGUUAUGGUGUUAUACAAGCAACAAAAAUUGAAGCAUUUGGAAAGUAUGCAAAUAUAGCAGUAGAAUAUUUAUUAAAAUUAAUACAUGAAAAUACAUCAAAUAAAAAACCAAAAGAACAUAUCUCAGCUAUUGAUAAUGCUGUAGCAGCCUUAGGUGAUGUUGUUUUAAUGCAUACAUCAAAAUUUAAUAAUGCAGAAGAUCUAAUAAAAGUAUGGUUAAAUCAUUUACCAAUAAAAGAAGAUGAUGCAGAAGGUAGAAGAGUACAUAAAAAUCUUAUAGAUCUAGUUUCACAAAAUCAUCCUCUUUUAUUUGGAAAAGAUAAUUCUAAUACAUCUAAAAUUAUUGAAAUAUUCUUAACAAUAUAUGAAACUGAUUUUUCAGAUAGUGACUGUAACAAAAAAAUAUCUACACUCAUCAAUUCAUUGGAUAAAUCAUAUCUAAAUAAUUUAGCUUCUUCAACUUUGUCACAUAAGCAAGCCAAAAAAUUGAACAACAUUUUGAAUCCAAACAGAAAAUAA